AAAAACCUGCGAUCAUAAGCACGCAGUAGCCCUCCCCGAGCCCACGUGGCCAGCCUCCGCCGGCCAGAGCUCCCGCGACCGCUCCAGGCCCGAAGCGCUGCCCUUUCCGGCCCUCGGGCUCCGCUCGGCUCUUCCCGGCGCGCUCGGCCUUCGGCUGUUUCCGGAGCCACUGGCGGCGCGCGGUAGAGGCGCUCUCCGCGCGGGCUGCAGAUGUCGGACCGGCGGACGGCUGAGAGGCCGGGCGUCUGGAGCCCCGCAGCCCGCCGAGGGUCGGCGCGCGGCAUAGAGGAUAAUUAUGGUUGUGUUCCCUCUCAGGCAUUGAAUUUUUCUUUCCAUGAUUUUCUAGAGAAUGAAGAUCUAGAAGACACCAAGGUCACCUCUCUAGCAGCUUCUGCCUCUGAUCUUGAACCACAUUCCUCACCCUACAGGCCGCAGAUGGUAGCUCCAGUGAGAGAGGAUGUCACGGAAGAUCAGCUGAAAGCAGCUGGUGCCGUAGAGGCUCAGGCCUCAGUGGAACAGGAAUUGCUGCCUGCGGACCAGGCCCCGGUCCUCAGCAAGAUGGCCAAGUACCAUGGUCCACAAAGGUCUGGGGACAUCGUUAUGAUCCAGUCUGAGCACACAGGAGCUAUAGAUAUUCUUUCAGCUGAUUUGGAAUCUGCAGACCUUCUGGGGGACCACAGGAAAGUUUCCCCACCUCUGAUGGCUCCUCCGUGCAUCUGGACCUUUGCCAAGAUGAAGGAAUUCAAAAGCAAGCUGGGCAAAGAGAAGAACAGCCGGCUGGUGGUGAAGCGGGGUGAGGUGGUGACCAUCCGGGUACCUACCCACCCGGAGGGGAAGCGUGUCUGCUGGGAGUUUGCGACAGAUGACUAUGACAUUGGCUUUGGAGUUUACUUUGACUGGACCCCUGUAACCAGCACUGACAUAACUGUGCAGGUCAGCGAUUCUAGCGAGGACGAGGAUGACGAUGAGGAAGAGGAGGAGAUUGAAGACCCUGUCCCAGCUGGAGAUGUGGAGAGAGGCUCCAGGAGCUCCCUGCGGGGCCGCUAUGGGGAGGUCAUGCCUGUGUACCGGCGGGACAGCCACCGAGACGUGCAGGCUGGCAGCCACGACUACCCUGGUGAGGGCAUCUACCUGCUCAAGUUUGACAACUCCUACUCCCUGCUUCGCAACAAGACUCUCUACUUCCACAUCUACUACACUAGCUGAAGGCCCACUGGGACCGGAGGCAGGCGGGUAUUGGCUGGCUGGAGCAGGCUGCCAGCUGGGGCCUCUUGUUUCAGAUAGGCAAGAGCUAGAAGUGCAGCGUGAGGCUCCUGACCCUCACACCCUGCCCGGUGUGCCUGACUGCUGACCCCGCGUAGCUUUUCCCCCUUCUUGGCUUCUGCAGAUGGUGAUGUAGUGUCCCUGUUCUGUGGUCCCUGACUCAUGCUCUUCUUGCAUUAGACUCCGGCAAAAUCUCUCUGUGGAGGAAACCAACAGGACAAAGCCUAAAAGGAAGCUGGUUGUUGUCUUUUAAAAACAGGUUUGUUUGGGUACAAGGAAUAGUGUUCCAGUUGCUGCUCCCUCCUCUCCCAGAGCCUUCUUGCAGAUGUGUUUAGUGGCACCUGCUCUCUUCAUUUUUUGAAAGGGCUGGAAGAGGGCAAAGCACAUUGUCCAGAAGGAACCCAGUCUCUUGGAUGGAGACAGCUCUGUCCAGCCUCUCUCUCACCACUGCCAUAUUCCCGCCUGCUGGUUCUUCAUGGUCUCUGGCACAGGCUGGGAGCCCUCACUGCCUCUGGAGGGGUGUUAUUAGUCCUGUGGUUUGGCUCUGCCUCUUUCCCUCCUCCUCUCCCUUUCUGAAGUCUGUGUCUUUGCCAUUACAGCCAGAACUAACAUGCCAUCUAAGGGGAUGAUCAGUGUAGUCUCAGAUCUUCUGGGAAGAAAAACUGCCUCCAUCACUUCCUAUUUCAAGAAGUAGUGUCCCUUUUCAAGGGCACUGGUGGUCGAAGGGGACAGGAUAGAAAUUAGGUGCUGGAUUGAUCUUGGAACCCACAUCUUUGAAAGUCAAUUGUAACCAAAUUAUUUUUUGUAUAAUCAAAGAAACAGGGAUAUAAUCUGAGAGAGAAGGUCAAAAAGCAAAACAAAACAACACUCCAGAUUCCCCACCACCUUUUUUUUUUUUGGUCUUUAGAAUAGAAUAUAAGUGUUAUUUAGAAAUUUUGCUUUGGAACCAGUGAGAUUUCCAAAGUUUCUGGACUUAGGUUUCUUGCAUUGAGGGCUUAAAGCUCUUGGUGUUCAGAGUCUCUUAGGAAAGGUGAUAAUGAAGUGUCACGGCUGCUGCUGGUUGGAUUUGUUCUUUACCAGGCCUGCGUGUCCCUAGUGACAGCCUCUUCCUCUCUGUGAGCCCAGGCAUGCUGCAGGUGCGGCAGCCAGUGUCACCAGAGCGGCAGGGCCUCCAGCAGAGGAGGGACCACUGCGGUCGUUUGUACUUCCUUCUUUCUUACUCCUUGUGUCAAGCCUGUUACUGCCUUAGAAUUUUGAGUAAUAAUUAGAUUUAUUUAUUACUUUAUUUAUUUAUUUUUAAGCACAUUUCAUUUUGCCUUUGAGACAGUUUCCAUCUGUUUCUCAGAAGGCUUCCAUCUGCGCUGAGCCAUUGAGGCCACCUCUCCUGUGGAGUUAAAGAUGAUUUUAGGAGAAGUCGGGAAUAAUGUUCCAUUCAUGCAGGUCAGUUCUGUGAUGCUUUGGGAGGAAUCUGUCCCUUCUGAGAUGGAUGGAUGAUGCCAACUCAACCCAGCACUUCCUGUGAGGAAUUCUAGGUUGUGAGGGAAUCUGCCCAGGACUGAGUGCUGAGAACUAGCCAACCGGAGAACUCCUGUGAUUCCAGGAUUUCAAAGUCCUUUGCUCACUCUGAGGAGUCACCCUCUUCCUGAUGUUUCCUUUGGUUCAUUCUUUCCUUAUGUGGGUACCGCAUACCAAGCCUCCCCUCCAUACAGGAGCAGAAACUCAAAGAACAGGGCUCCUGGCAAUGGAUCUGUGGUAGCAUCUACGUCAUGACCAAAGGGCGGUACAGCUGUACCUCCUAUUCCUCUGGGAGCAAAGCCCCAAGUAGGAUAGGAUGCUAUGGACUGCCAUAGCAUCGCCAUCCACUGAGCGGCAUCAUACCUCCAUUUAUUUUAUAUUUGAGUGCAUUUUGUAGAGGAUUACACCGGUCCAAAUUUAUGUACCUUGUAAGAAGUUAGAAAUUAUUUGAGUGACUGUCUGUUGGGGCAGUGAAAGCAAACUUGCUGUGCCUCAUCCCAUCAGGUAGCUGCGUGACUGCUCUUUUCAUCACCGAAGUUGAAUCAUGCCUUAGCUAACUGAAUAGAUUCUUUAUAAAAUAAUUUUCUACCGAGCUGUCCUCCAGUCAGCUAAAGCCUGGCUUGUUUUUCCUUUUUAUUAUUAACUUAUGACUUUCUCAUAAAAUGGAGCUAUCAGGCCAUUGCCAGCUCCCUGGAAUGACACUAUUUUUGCCAUGAGAGUCUCUGUACUUAUUUUCUUUGCAAUCCUAGUUUUGUUGCAUCAGGGAAACCUGAGGGACUUGUUCCCAUCACCUCUGUGUGCCUCGUAUUGUCCAGUCACUUGUGAAGUCUUGGACUGUGUUACAUUUCAUUCUGUACUGGUGUUUCAUUAACAGUGCUUCUUUGAUCCAUUCACAAAAAAAAGAUACUUUCACUGUCUAAUCAAUUCAUUGUCCUAUAUUAAAUAACUGAAAUUAUUAAACUCUAGGGACAAAAUAUUAUUUACUGAAGCACAGGUAAUUACUGCGAAUUUCAUAGCCCAGCAAAUCCUAAGAAGUAGCUACUUCCUUAGUUUCUUCCUGUCUAAGUUUACAGAACCAAACAAUGAGAUGAAAAUCACUUGCUUUCACUCCCACCCUGUUCUUUAGAGCACAAAUAAAUAUUAAUAUACAAUGGGAAGAAAGCACUUCAUAGUAGGCAAGAGACUGGGGUUCUCUACACUGAGUGGCUGAGUUGUUAAGUUUCUUCAGUAUGUUUAGUUUUCUUAAUUUGUUGAGAGAUGGGGCUUUAAAAAAUUUAAAGGGUUUAUUUUUCCCAGCAUCUUAUUUUGAAAAUUUUUCAGCAAACAGAAAACUUAAAAGAAGUAUAUAGUGAACACCCUUAUGCAUACCCAUCACAUAGAUUUUAAAAUUAUAAACCUGAUUUUUAAAACAAGGAUGAUUCUAGUAUUCUGUUCCUUUUGACAAGUGUCCAAUUAGAGUGUGUUCCCUGCACAGACAUUGGCUCUCCUCGGUCAGAGAGCUCCUGAUUUUUCAGUGGACUUGCUUCCUUCAGCAUCAGUUACUUGGGGAGGUGGUCCUCAUAAAAAUGUGUCUUGGUCUUCAUUUUUCAAAACUCAUGCUGUAGUCCCCUCUCCCUCAGGCCAUAAUUUCUAAUGUUUGCUUCUCUACCUGGCAUGUUGGAGUGAGGGUAAUUGUGAAACUGCUCUGGAAGGACUUUAUUCUAAUCUCUGUUGCUUUACGACACAUCCUCAGGACUCUGAAAUUAAAACUCAGUUCUCAAAUAAUAUGUAGCUUUAAAAUUGAAGUAAGUAGCAACUUGAAAUUAGGCCAUUGUUAGUUAUUUUUUUCUUAAUUGAUUCAUGCACCUUAAAAAUAUUUUUAUCUGUUAUUUAGGAAAGAAAAUCUUAGACUUUUUAAGAGUAUAUAUUGUCCCUUAUAAUAUAUAUAUGGAAGAGAUCAAUCUGAAAGCUCACUUUUAUUAAUCAUUGGGUUUGGUAUUAUUGUAAAACAUCAUUUAUAGAAAAUAUCUAAGCUAUCUGUUUUUGAUGAGCCCUAUCCAGGCCCUCUUUGAAAGAAUUAGGUGAGCCCCAAAACCUAAAAUCUGUAUUUUUAUAUUUGUUUUUCAAGACCACUUUUCUGCGAAAGGUUGCAAAGACUGUUGUUUUCAAGGAAGGGACAUGAGUGAAACAGUUUCAUGCAGCUUGAGAAUUGCCUUUUAAAAAGGUUAGUAAGGAAUGAAAACAGUAAAAUGAGAGGAAGAGAGAAAAGCUAUCAAAUGUAUCCCAGAAUUUUGCUCGUAUCCUGAUUUUGUGUAGUUCCUUAGUUCACAUUUCAUUGGUUGGAAUUGUUCCUUAGGCCAGAAGCCUCACUGGUCCUCCCUGUGCUUGUUGGAGAAAUCCCAAACCCACUUUGCUGUCUUUCCCAACAGCUAAGACUUUAGAAAUAUUUUUGAGUAGGUCUCCUCUGCUAAGUGUGAUCCUGACCUAAGGAUUGAUUUCAUCUCUGUGUUCUCUGGGAUUUGCAAGUCUGGUGCCAUGAAAAAAAGAUGGUGAGUUUAGAAAGAGGCCAGGAGGAGUGCCAGCUGUGUCUCUGUAGCCUCGGUUGUGACUGUGGCCAAAAAGGGAUGAAACAGGUUAGUUUUGCCCAACAUCACAAGAGUGUCUUUGUGAACAAGCUGUGCCCUCUGUAGGCUGACCUUCCUGUGAGGUGUAAGAAUCACCAUCUUUUUCAGUCUUUUUUAGCAGUAAAUGGAGCUAACCAAACGGACAGUUUGGUCUUCCUUUUAGAGACUUCCAUUUAGAAUUUCUCCUGGGUCUAAAAGGUCCACAUCAACCUUUUUAACUAGUCUCUUUCCACCUGGUCAAAAGUGUAGACCUCUUAGAAACCUGAAUCUGCUAGAAAAGGGAAGAGCACCAUCCCUAUAGAAUCUCAGUGGUUGAGAAGAGUUGGAAAGUGAGUUUCUGUCUGAAGGAAGGUGAUUUCAUUUUUUGUUGUUGUGAGGGGCAGCUUGUUAAGGGAUACAUGCUCUUUAAAAAGCCCAUCAUUGUAUUCAUUGUAUUUGAUUGUGCUCAGAGAGCCAGGAUACAUGAUUCUUUGGGGAGUAAGUAGGGAAUAGUUGUCUAAAACCAAUCACAAGUUGGGUGCUUUCCAGCAACCCAGUAUAUGGCGAAUAUCCAUAUGGCCAAAGUCCCAAUUUUCAUGCACACGGGAUCCUAUCUCUAGGCCCUCAUUUCUCCACAGCUGAGAGACAAAGAGAGGGACUAGGCCCUCUCCAUUUCUCUCUGAUGUCUUGAUUAUUUAUGGUAUUGUUUAGCACCGGCACCAUGAUAUCCAAGGCCUCAGUUUACCUGAUUAACCAGAAUUAAAUAGUGUGAGUUGAGCAGAUCAGGCAAUCGACCUUAGUUGGAAGUAGGGCUGGGGAGGGAUUAUGACUUACAGUCCCAAAUUGGGAUAGCUAGGUAACUCAUGUAUGACUGUGCAGUUGGAACUCUUUCUUAACUUUACCGAGCAAGUCAAGAGGAUGUGACAGUGCUGUGCUGAUGAGGACGACAAAUUAAUUGAGUUGGCUAAUGAAUAGAGGCAAGCCCUCCCUCUGUGGGAACCAGAUUCUGUCACUGGCUCUGUGUCAUUUCAGUGUGAGCUCGCAGCUCCACAGCGUCUCACAGUCUGGGUUCAGAGCCCACUAAAGGAGCCAGUCUUCUGUGGGCAGUCACUUUGGCCUUCUGCAAAGGAGAACCCCCAGGGGGCUGGUUCCUGAUGGCCUCUUAUUUGGGAAUGGGGUGGGGGGGUCAAGAGCUUGCUUUGGCUCUCUUGGUACCUGGCUAUGGUCAGUGUCACCCCUUUGCUCUGUCCAGCCAGCCCAGCACCUGUGGGCACUCCUUUGAACAUCUACCAGUUAUUUAGGUGGCGAGGUUAGGGCAGGAUUUGGGACCCAAAGGGUGAGAACCUUGCUAAAUAUUGUGUGGCCAGAUUUCAGAAAUCACUGCUCCCUUUGGGGUGUUGCAUUGUCUCUGCCUGAACCAAGAAGGCCAGACAAAGCCCCUCUUGUUUGAAUGUCUUGUCAUCAACCUAGGAGAACCCAAUUUAAUUGCCUAAAGCCUUGAUAGUGGGGUUCAUUAACAAAUAAUCAUUCCCUCAAAAAUGAAGUCCAAAGGUAUGAGACUCUGCCUAUGAAUUUAUUUGUAGUCCUAGUCACUGGCUUGAACUGAUGAUCAGAUCUCUAUUAUAUGUACUUUAAUUUCUUUCAGGCCCCCAGGCAUGUGGACCAGAGUUAAUUUCAUGGCUCUUCUUUACUCUUAAGAGAUGAGGAAAAGGUGCCCCAGAAAUCUAGAGAUAGAGGCUUAAAAAAAAUAAAUUCCACAGUUUUCUGUCAUUUUAAGCAGAUAGUUUUGACUUAUCCAGGGCUAAAAUAAUGUACAUGAAAUGAUUUCCAGGGGACAAAGUAUAUUUCCUAAAAUUUCUGAUAUAGGGUCAUAAACAAUUGUAAAGUUUUGGUUUGAAAUAUUAUAGUAUAUGGGAUUACAGAAGAGCCCUUAACUCAACUCGUUUCCUGACUCAGGUUUGAAAUGCCUUGUCUGUAAUGUUACCUGAGAUUGAUUGUUAUUGUUGGUUUUUAGGUUCAGGCAAGAAUCACCUGGAAAACAUUAUCCUAAUUCCUUCACUCAUGUCCUAAGUGGUACAUUUUACUAAGGAAUUUUGUAUUGAAAGCUCCACUGACAUCCCUUUCUGAGAUUAUUGUCCCAUAAAUGAAUUUGUUUUUAUUUAAUCAAGUUGAACUAUUUCUAUUUAGCUAUGGUCAAGAGCAAGUAAAGUCUGGAGAAAGCAAUUCAGUAACUCAUGACUCCAGUUUGCUCAUUUCUCUUAAUAAUGGGAAGUGCUUUGAAAUUCACAAAAGAAAACUGUUUUGUUGGAUGGAUUAUAAGAAAAUGGUGGACUAUAAGAAAGCCAGACUUUGGGUAAAGGUAAUCGGAAUAGAGGAGGUGCUUGAAGCUUUCCUAAACUACCUUAUACUGUUUAUCUUAUGUUUCUGAAAGGCCUGCUUUGGUGCCAUGCACUGAGAUCUGUCAGUUGACUGAAAGAUGAUCACGCUUUCUUGGUCAAUAUUUAAGCAAUUGGCAACCACAAAGGCGUUCUUUCCUUAUUGUUCUAUAUCAUGCACUGAUGCUGACAUUACCAAAAGGGGUCUGGAAGGGAAACGGUGUCACAGUCUUUUCUAUUUAAAAUACAAAUUAUCCCAACCAAUCAUUUAUUGCAGUCAACUUAUUUUACAUAUUCCCUAUCAAGAGAAAUGCUGUCAGCAUCUCGUAUGAUUUCUAAGAGCUGUAAACCAAAUUGUUAUUUGUUAUGUCCUGCUGAGUGGUUUUUCCUUUAAAAUACCAUAUUUUACCAGCCUGUGGCACUGAAUGUGUUGCUGUGAUACACAGAUGAUCCUGAGCUAUGGUUCUUGAAAUAGCUCAGUUCUUGUGUUUUUAUAUUAUGUAACAGUUUUGUGAUGCUCUUGUGCAUUCUUUGUCUUCUCUUCCAGGUUUUGAAAUCUGUCAUAAAUAAACUUUUUCACUAUGCA